GGAAAGAGAGUGCCUAUUUAGCUGGAUGGGUUUCAUGGGGUGAGGCUGACAAACAAAGAACAAUGGCAUUGGAAAACCUCAAAGCUGAUUGUAAAAAUCUUAAACGAAAGAUUGUGUUCCGCUCUGAUCCUAGGAAAUUUGUAAAGUUAAAAUAUGAAUGUGAAGAGUUUCUUAAAAUGGUUGUAACUUCUGUUGGUCUGAUCAAAGAUGUUGAUAGCAUGGACAAACAACAGAUUAGUGACCAAGUGUGCAAUUGGCAGGAAACAGCAACCCGUUUCAUUGAUCGGCUAUCAAAUGAAUAUUCUGCAUACGUCGAUAUAAUUCAACCAGUUCAAGUUGCAAUAUAUGAAAUGAAACUAGGUUUAUCGUUGGUUCUAUCAAGUGCCAUUCAGAAAAAAAUUCUGGAUACAGUUGGACAGGAUGAUAUGGACAUAGUUCUGGAGACAAUUUAUUCAUUUAUGAGAUUUCCUAGAGGCUUUGCAUCUGAUGCUGUUUCUGUCAGGAUCAACUGUGGGUUGGCCAAGUUUCCUUCAUUUGAUAUAGAUUUCCCUAUGAACACAAAGGCAAUGGAUAUGAAUUUGCUGGAAAGUUUGGUUACUUCGACAAGAGAUGUCAAUUCUGAUAAGAUGGUCUGUGACUCCUUUGAUUUAAUUUCUUGCCUGUAUACAUGUUCUGAUUUAAUUUGACUCAUGAGCAUAUUGUCUUUGUAUCUCAUGGU